CAAUUUUUCUUUUAUUGUUGGUUCAUAAGAAUUGACGAAGUUUGAUGCAGGUUAAAAUCAACACAACAUCUACACAACAAAUAGAAGAAUUUACAGUACAGUGAAAUCUCUAAUUUUUCUUUAGAACUUCUUAUUAAUUUUGAAGAGCAGACGUUUGAACAAAAGAAAGCACAGAAAAUAGGCAAUGUAACUGAUACGAGUGGCAUCCUAACUCAUAUAACUAAUGAAGACAGUAAGCUUUUCAAAGUUUAGAAUACAAAAGAAUACAUUUGCAAGUGUUUUCAUCUAUUAGAUAAAGUUCAGAAUAUUUUUAGAAUGAUGGAAAAUUUGAACUACAGUGUACGUAAUAUGAAAGAAGAUGACAUUCCUGCAAUUAUUGAUCUUUACAAGAAUGAAAAAUGGCUAGAUGGAUAUUAUAAUUUAUACGUUUGGAGUCAAUUUGAUCCUGAAGGCUUCAAAGUUGCUGAAAGUUAUCAAGGUGAUAUUAUUGGAACAUGCUUUGGCAUACGUCAGGAUGAAAAGUUAGCAACAAUUGGUGGAUAUGUUGUGAAAAAAGAGUUACGCGGCAAAGGAAUAGGAAAAAAGCUUUGGGCAGCUUGCUUGCAACACAUUGAAAAUCGUAAAGCAACAAUCAAUGGAGAAGGAGAGGCGUGGAAAAUGUAUUAUAAAACUGGAGAUUUUCCGAUUAUUGAAAAUGAAUGGCGUUUCUUAAUGCACCAUACAGACGACGAAAUAAACUCAAAGAACCUCUCUUCUAAUCUUCCAGCAGAUGUUACCAUUCAACCAUUUUCUGAAACCGACUUAGAAGCAAUUUGCUGUUACGAUUCUUCAUUGCUUGGAUUUGACAGAAAGUUUGUCUUGCACAAGCUUUUUCUGAUGCAUGAAACAAGAACUUUCGUGGCGUUUAAAAGACAAAAAUGCGUAGGAUAUGGGUGUAUUCAACCCAAUAUAUAUGGUGGAUCUUUUAUUGCACCUCUCUAUGCUGACGAUCCUGCAGUGGCUGAAACUCUUUUAAAAACGCUGAUUGAUUCUUUUCCUUCGAAAAAGAGUUUUGAAAUUUCAACUAGCAGUGGAAACAAAAUUUGCAGAGAUUUAUUGAAAAAGUUAAAUUGUAUGUUCGAAACUGAUGAGUGUGUACGAUUAUACCGAAAUGAACGAUUUUCAACAAACCUUAAUUCUGUUUACGGACUUUUUAUAGACUAUUCACCCUUUUAAACUUUGCCAUUAAAUUAUAUUGACUGUUAAUAUUCGAUUUAAGAAUAAACAUAAAUAAUUUCAA